GAAAAACAUCGCGGCGGACAGAUGAUUGUACGUUUCUGUCUUUGGAUAAUUGUAAGAAUAAAAUGUAACGGACAUACGUCUACUCGUUCGUGUGCUAGAAACUGCAUCUCUCUCUUUCGACUCUUUUAAGUCGAAUUCAACUGGGAAACAGGUGUUACAAGUCAGCACAGUGUCCUCUGCCCUCUGUCCUGAGGCGAUGGGCACCCUGAGAGACCUCCAGUUCGCCCUGCAGCUGAAGAUAGAGGAGCUCCGGCAGCGGGACACACUGAUCGACGAGCUGGAACUGGAGCUGGACGCUAAGGACGACCUCAUCCGCCGCCUGCAGGGGGAGCUGGACCGCAUGCGGGUCAGUCUCAGCACCCCUGGGUCCUCCGCUGCAGGGUGCCUGGCGCUGCGUAACUCCUCCCAGAGGAUGAAGAGGAGGGCAGUGGUGGCAGAGCCGCCGAGCUGGGACGACAAGCAGCCUCCUCAGCACACAGCGUCGCCGUCGCCGUCGAGUCACAGCAAAAGCCCAGAGUCUCAGGAACUGAUUAGGGGGGCUCUGAUGGAAAAUGGCCUCACCAAACACCUGGAGCGGGGGCAGAUCCUGGCAAUAGUGGACUGCAUGUACGCCACAACAGUCAGCCAAGGCUCAUGUGUCAUUCGGGAGGGCGAGAAUGCUUCCCUCGCGUAUGUCAUAGAAGAGGGGAAGAUGGAGGUCACCAGGUCGGGCCACAGGCUGCAGACGUUAGAGGCGGGCGCACUGUUUGGAGAGCUGGCCCUCCUUCAUAACCACACACGCUCAACCACGCUCACAGCCGUAAUGAACUGCAAGCUGUGGGUCAUAGAUCGCCCGUCGUUCCAGUCCAUUAUGCUAAAGAGUGGCCUCCUAAGAAUCUCGCAGUCGCUGGAUCUCUUACGCAGUGCGCCUUGCUUCCGGUCAUUACCAGAGGAGGCUCUGCUGAAGGCGUCGGAUGCCCUGGAGGAGUGUCAUUACAGUGAGGGCGAUUACAUCAUCCGCCACGGCUCCCCGGGAGACUCGUUCUUCAUCGUGAGCCAAGGCCAGGUGAAAGUGACAGAGAGGAAGUCUAUCAGUGAUGAGCCGACGUGCCUGUCCACACUGAGCAGAGGAGACUGGUUUGGAGAGAGAGCCCUUCGCGGGGAGGAAUCGAGGAUUGUAAGCGUCAUGGCAGCCGGUGAUGUAACGUGCUUGGUGAUAGAGAGAGACUCUUUCAGGAAACUAAUGGGUAAUUUGGAAGAUGACAACAAAAUUGGACGUGACAACAAAGAGAGUAAAGCAAGGUGUGAAGAGGAGGAAGUGUCUUUCCCACCUGACACCUCCCUCGGUGACCUGCAGGUGAUCUGCUGCCUUGGAGAGGGCCAGUUCAGCACCGUAGAGCUGGUGCAUUUCAAAGGUGACUUGCGUCGUCAAUACACUUUGAAGAUCAUCCGAAAGCAUGCAGUACUCAGCUCUGGCCAGCAGGGGCGCCUUCAGACUGAGAGACGCAUCAUGUUGGAAGCAAACUGCCCUUUCAUAGUCAGGUUGCACAAGACCUUCAGAGAUGCAGACUGUUUGUACAUGUUACUGGAGGCUUGUCUGGGAGGUGAACUCUGGACCCUACUGAGAGAAAGGGGCACGUUCGACGAUGCCACUACACAUUUCUACACCGCCUGUGUUGUGGAGGCGCUCUCGUACCUGCACAGCCGUGGCAUCGUCCACAGAGACCUGAGACCGGAGAACGUUCAUCUGGACCAGCACGGCUAUGCAAAGCUGGUGGGUUUCGGUUGUGCCAAGAAGAUUGGAUCACGGAGGAAGUCCUGGACAUUCUGUGGCAGCACUGGCUAUGUGGCUCCUGAGAUGAUCCUGUGCAAAGGCCAUACAACCUCAGUGGACUACUGGGCCCUUGGCGUGUUUAUUUACGAGUUGCUCAGUGGGAGCCCUCCAUUUUCAGCGUCAGACCCAAUGAGGACGUAUACGGCCAUCCUUCAAGGCAUCGAUGCAGUGGAGUUCCCUAAGCCCAUCAGCAAGGCUGCUGCCAACCUUAUCAAGAGGCUUUGCAGGAACAACCCCUCCGAGAGGCUGGGAACACAGAGGAACGGGGUCAAGGAGAUCCAGAGGCACAAGUGGUUUGACGGGUUCGACUGGGAAGCUGUCCGCAAGCGCACCAGCACGCCACCCAUCCUGCCUUGUGUUCAUCAUCCCCCAGAAUAUCGAGAGUCCAGGCCACCUCAUGAUGACAGUGGCAACUCAUCACACACUGAACUUCCAGACUGGGACAAAGAUUUUUGAUGUUCUCACUGACUCAGAGCUGACAGACAGCCCAGGAAAAGGAGUGGCCCAUUGAUGUACUCUAUGGAUGUGACUGAGACACCUGGAUUGUUACUGUCUCUAAUGGGUUUUUGGACAUCUUCUGCAACACCCUUCUGUUUCUGUAUGACGGCAUGGAUAUGACCAAGAAUCAGUCACCGAUGAUAUUUACAUCAACUGCAACUCAACAUUUUCUCAAUGUUCUUUUCAGAUAUGCUAUGUGAAGUUGGUAAGAAAUAGAAACGUUGUUUCAACUUGAUGUCACUUGUGGAAAAAGACACUUUACGUUUUACAUGCUUAAAAUACUACAUUUUGUAUGGCUAAAUUAUUGAAUUGAAGUGUCAGAUAAGUGAUUUGUAAAAUAAAGCGUCAAAAAGGCUAU